AUGGCGACCGGUGAGAGGCGAUCAAAUCUCAGGUUCAGGACGUCAUUGAUUUUGGACCAAGGCGACACACGCACGACUCGCCAUGGAGACUGUCUCAGACUGUGUAUUUACAACGCGAGAACAGUUUCCACAGACGCUGACUUGCAUGCCCUUCUCGGAGCUGCAGAGCGUAUCAAAUUUCACGUGAUUGCUCUGCAGGAGACCAAGUGCAGAAGGAGCGACGUACGACAAAUGAAUGACGGUACACUCGUCAUUCGUGGAGAGAAGGUUCCGUCGCGAAAUGUAGGCGGUGUUGGUUUUGUUGUGCACCCAUCUGUCGUCCAUUUCGUCGAUUCUCACGAGAUCCUGUCACCUCGUCUGGCCAUUCUUCGCCUCCGCCCUCUGCGCCAAAAAUCCAUCAGUAUCAUCAACUGCUAUUCACCAACAUCAGCAGCUGGUGAUUCCGAAUUGGACGCCUUUUACGAGGAGCUGGAGGAAGUAGUCCGCAACGAGAAGUCCUUCUACAAAUUCGUUGUUGGAGACUUUAACGCAAAACUAGGAAAGGCCACAGAAGAGGAAUACAGGAUUGGAAGAUUUGGACUAGGGGACCGGAAUGAAAAUGGCAAUCGUCUCGCCGGGCUGUUGUCCGCCGCUCGCCUCUUUCAUGGGAACUCUCUUUUCAUGAAAAAAGAUCAUCGUCGGUGGACAUGGGAAUCGCCCAAUGGCGCGACUCGUGCGGAGAUCGACCACAUACUCACCAACCGAAGCCACACGAUGGAAAAGAACAUCUGCUAUCGGCAACGAAAGAGAAAAGAAGUCUACGGCGAUUGCGUACUCGAGGACUCCUUGUCCCAAGGUGACUGGCACAUCGAGGAGGACCCAAACGUGGACUACGAGAUGCUGCUCAGAGGAUUACGAGCCUGCGCUGAACGUGCCUCGAAGCCGCGCACGAAAAACUUGGAUCGAAUUUCGAAGACCACCAAGGAAUUGUUAGGAAGAAGAAGGACAUUGAGGCUUGAUCCGAAUGCAUCAUUCGGAUCAAGCCUCAAUGAUCGCACACUGAGCGAAGCAGCACAAAGAAGAACAAGUCUAAAGAAGUGCCGCAGGGAUCUCCGCGAAUAUAAUAUUCCGCUAGCAACCUUGUUGAGCGAAGACGGGACUCGCACGCCUUCUCGUCGUGAGAUGGAAAUCAUUACGGAGAGAAAGGAAGGAUCCCAGUGGAAGAUCUCGCAAACCGUUCUUAUCCAUAAGAAAGGUGACCGAGAGGACCUUCGGAACUACCGUCCGAUAUGCGUGCUAAGUAUGUUAUACAAAGUAAUCACCAAGAUCAUCCUCACACGCAUAUCUAGGACGCUGGAUGAAGCCCAGCCUCAAGAACAAGCUGGAUUCCGCCAGGGGUUCAGCUGCUUGGACUACAUCCAGACCGUGUCGAGGGUCAUAGAGGUUUGCCGGGAAUACCGCCUGCCCCUUGUUCUAACCUUCGUCGACUAUAAGAAAGCCUUUGACAGCGUAGAAAUGAAUGCAGUACUGUCAGCGCUGGUCGAUCAAGGUGUGGACGCGUCCGACGAAUCAAAAGUCAAAACCAAGUUGAGCUCAAUAUUAAUGAAGACGAAAUUGGACUUUAGCUGCGACGAUGAUUCGAAGGAGAGUCGAGAAAGCAUGAAGUCUCGAGUAAAGCCGCGAGCAACCAGCAAGGAGUCUGCUGAGACUGAUGUGAAGAAGAGGGCGAAGAAGUCGAGGGUGCGCAAGAGCACAUCGCAGAUGCAACCGACAACUAGAAAAGCGUCGACCGGAACAGAGAGAAGGAAGAAGUCUGCAUUGAAAAGGCUAAAAAGCACGCAGUGA